AUGCUUUUUGGAAUCAAGCUACAGAACGAAUUGUAUCCUCCCUGGAAGGACCAGUACAUGAACUAUGAAAAGUUGAAGAAAUUGCUCAAGGAAACCUCAAUUGAACAAGACUGGUCUGAUGCUGAUGAGGCUUCGUUUGUCGAGUUUUUAGAUUCUGAGCUAGAAAAGGUCUACACUUUCCAAACUAAACAAUAUCACCAAAUUGAAAAGGAUAUAGAAUCUUUAGAGAAUUUAAUUACAAUCGAUAUUGAUCUCAAUGAUCUUAAUCAAAAUGGAAAUUCAAAUGGUUUAGAUUUUUUAAAGGAUUUUGAUUUUAAAUCUUUUCAAAAAAAAUUGGAAGAUGCUUUAGAAAAUGCCCAAGAAUUGGACCAUUUUGCAAGAUUGAAUUUUACUGGUUUUGCUAAAAUUGUCAAAAAACACGAUAGAUUACAUCCCAACUCGACUGUCAAACCUUUAUUAAACGUUAGAUUAAGAGCUUUGCCCUUUUAUUCUGAAGACUAUUCUCCAUUGUUAUAUAGAAUAUCUAUUUUAUAUAAUUUUUUAAGAGAGAAUAUUGAGGCUAAUGGUUUUGAUGAAACUUCUGUUAAAAGGUUCAAAUCUUUCAAGUUUUGGAUUCAUCCCGAUAAUUUGAUGGAAGUUAAAACGAGAAUCUUAAGACACUUACCUGUUUUAGUUUAUGAUAACCAAAACAGUAGCUAUAAUAGUUCAGAUUUCUUAUCAAAUAAUAACGAUGUCUUGCAAAAUGAUCCAACUAUCACUUCCCUAUAUUUUGAUAACUCCAACUUUUUACUAUACAAUUCAAAACUACAAAAGAAAAAGAAAACACCAACUUUAAGAUUGAGAUGGUCUGGUAAAUUGAUUGAAAAACCCGAUAUCUUUAUCGAAAAGAGAAUUUUUGAUUUUAAUAAUUCAAAUGAGGUUGUUGACCCUAAAGACGAAGUUGUUAAAAUUCAAUUGAAAGAAAAGUAUAUCAAUAAAUUUAUAACUAAUCAAUAUUCAAUGAAAAAAAAUAUUCAAAAAAUGAAAAAUCGUGGAACUAAUAUUAAUCAAAUUAAAGAAUAUCAAAACAACGUUAAAAUCUUACAGGAUUUCAUCACUGAAAAUGAGUUGCAGCCAAUUUUAAGAUGUGUUUAUACAAGAACUGCUUUCCAAAUUCCUGGCGAUGAUAGAGUUAGAAUCAUUAUUGAUAGUGAUAUCAUGUCAAUUAGAGAAGAUUGUUUUGAUCGUUAUAGGCCAAUUAGAGAUCCAAAUAAUUGGCACAGAACCGACAUUGAUUCAAAAAUUGAUGAACCCUAUUCUUUACUAAGAAAAGGUGAGUUUAGUAAAUUUCCCUAUUCAGUAAUGGAAAUUAUUGUUCAAGGAUCCGUUCCUUCAUCAAACUCAACUGCAUUGGCAUCAUCUGCAAACACUAGCUCGAAUAAUAUUUCCAACAGCAUUUCAAACUUUAAAUUUCCUUUAGGCAGAAAACAUGGAAGAUGGAUUGAAGAACUUACUUCUUCUCAUCUUGUUGAGGAAAUUCCCAAUUUUUCAAAAUUCAUCCAAGGGAUUGCUUCAUUAUACACAGAAGAUGAUAAAUUAGACAUGUUACCAUUUUGGUUGUCUGAACUAGAAAAUGAUAUAAGAAAAAAUCCCAAAGAUGCUUACGAUGAACAAAUCUUAAGAUUAAAGAGAAGAAGAGAAGAUGAGGUGAUGUUGAAAAAAAUGCAAAUGAUUUCUCCAUCUUUACAACCUCGUGAGGCCUUUAAAGUCAAUGCUAAUAAAACAGGAACUAAUUUGUUGAGUCAAAUUAUUCAAGAAGAAGAAUCCGAUGAUUAUGAGGAUGCAGAUAUUGAGGACCAUGAAUCUUCAGAUGAUGAAGAUAACGAUAAUGAUGAAGUUGACCGAAGUAAUGAUGCAUCUGGUUCUGGGUCGAGCAGUGCUAGUUUAAGAAAAAAAAAUUUUAGAAGCAAGUUUCCGGAUAUUUUAUCUGGAGGUAGAAAAAAACUAUCUAAAUUGACAAAUGUUGAAUCAGAAGAUGAAGAAUUUAUUUUACCUGCAGGAGUUAAAAAGCCUGAUAAAUUGAUUAAAAACGCUAAUCCUGUUAAAGUUGAGGCUAAAGUUUGGUUGGCUAAUGAAAGAACAUUUAACAGAUGGUUACAUGUUUCAAUUGUUUUGUCAACAUUAACUUUUAUAAUAUAUUCUUCAGUUAAAAAAGCAAAAUAUGAAGAUUUAGCAAAUAAAUUAGCAUUUAUUUAUUUUUUUUUAACAGUUUUUAGUUGUAUUUGGGGGUAUGCAAUCUAUAUAAAAAGAUUGAAUAUCAUUCAGCAAAGAGAUGGGAAACAUUUAGAUGCUCCAUUUGGACCAUUAGUUAUUGGAAUGGGAUUACUAACUGCAUUAGUAAUAAAUUUUGUUGUUGGGUUGAAAAAAGCAUCGGAACAAAUGAACGGGCUUGGUCUUGAAUAUCUUGAAAAUAUGAAUCCACUUCAUAGGGAUUAUCAGUAUUUUUUCUUUAAAUUAGUUGGAGGGAAUACUGCAAAUUAUGAUUCUCUAUAG